UGAGUGCUAACCUUGUGUUUGACUAUUAGUUUCAAUAUACCUGUCUGACUGUCUCUCUCUAUAUAUAUUUCUCUCUCCUAAAUAGUGUUGGUAUCGACUCUUUAAUACAGUACUACCAGUGCUCAGUAGUUGACUUCGCAUUUUGUCAUUAGUUAUACUGGAUAUUCCUAUUCUGGUUGCCAUCCAUUCCUCUCAAACAGAGAAAAAUAUGACUUUUGUUAUCAUUACAGUCAAAUGAAAUCCAGAUUUAGUUUUUAUACUAUUGUCUUAUGGAUUGCCGUCACACUCGGUAUCACUGGUCAACAACAACAGUCCGAUGAUGUGCGACAAGUGCUCAGUUUGGGUGACAAUGAUAUCGUCCGGAACUCCGAUUCCUUUCAAUAUAUUCCAUACCAAAUGGUUGACGAGCCGCGCUACCUAAUAGUGGCUCCGUCGCAGGUCCGACCCGGACAGGUAUACAGAGUGGUCGUUAACCUUUUGGAAGCGCCCUUUCCAUUGACAAUAUCCGCGACUGUUCAGUGCAAUCAUGAAGAGAUUGCCGGUGCCACUGAACGUAUAGCACCGGGAGAUACACAAAACCUAUUGAUGAAAAUACCAUUCACUGCACGAACCGGUAAUUAUCAACUGAAAGUCGAGGGCAAUGCUAACGGUGUUCGCGGAGGCAAUGGUUUUGUUAGGAAUACAACCAUCAGAUUCUUACCAGAAUUUCUUACAAUACUCAUACAGACUAACCAAUUGGUGUAUAAUAUGAAUCAAAAUAUAAGUAUACGAGUGAUACUAUUGAAUAUGGAAAUGAAACCAUACGUUGAUGCCGUUGAUGUCUAUCUACUGGAUUCUCGAGGACUUAUAAUGAAGAGAUGGAACUCUUUAUAUCCAUUUCAAGGUUUUAUAACCCUUCAAUUUACAUUACCGGGUGAUUAUCCGAGAGGCUGGUGGACAGUCAGAGUCAAGGCUUUACAACAAAUCGAGGAAAAAAAAAUACUAUUAGAGCGUUGGUUUACCAAUCGGUUUGAUGUUAGCAUAUCAUUGCCGGCAUUCAUAUCGCAAAACGAUGACUAUAUCGAGGGUACUAUUUAUGCCAAUCAUACAAAUUUGCUGCCAGUUGUGGGCAAUGCCACCAUCAGAGUCAUCCUAAAACCGGAGAAAAAAGUAAUCAAUUGGCGAGUAAUGAAUGGAGAUUAUGAUAAUUAUAAUUCUCUUAACGAAAACGAUAUCUUCGAAGACAUACUUAAGAUCGAUGUUGUCGACCACUUCCGAGGACAGUAUACUUUUAGAUACAAUCUGAAAGAAUUGUUCGCUGCCUUACUAUCGACACCAUUUCGCGACAAAGAAAUUGUUAUUUAUGUGGAAAUCGGCGAACGAUUCUACGAUACAAUAGUGACUGGAUAUGCCCGGACACGACUAAUCAAUUCAACACUUUUACUCAGAUUUUUGGACACCAAUCCGUCCACUUUUAAGCCGGGACUGCCAUUCGAGACAUACAUUGCCAUCUCAUACAGCGAUUCCGUUCCGUUUCCAUCAUCAGAAUUAGUACUAUCGGAUCUCUACAUAACCCCAUCAUUUACUCUCAACAAAAACACCACUAUUGGACAGUUAGGUUCGGCAGACUUUACCGGAAACAGUAUGAGAAUUAACUUUAACGACGAUGGCGUCGGUAAGAUCCGAUUAAGGCCUCCGCCAAAUAUCGAUCGGUUUACUAUAAAAGCUCGUUUUUCAACCGUCGGCAAUGUGGCCACCACCGAAUUGCUGGUUGUUUCGUUUUUCUCGUCAUCCAACCGUUUGCUUUAUAUAACGACAAGUACCGAAAAUGGACAGUCAGGCGAAUACGGAAUAUUUCACGUCUACUCUAAUUUCUAUAUGAAAUCAUUCAGAUAUUUGGUUGUCUCCAAAGGCAACGUACUGUUUACUGGCGACGAACUGGUAUCAGGAAUGUUGCGAUCGGUGACCACCUUUUCGGUGGCUCUUUCACCUGAAAUGUCGCCCAAUUGUAAUGUCAUUGUCUAUCAUAUUACUCAAGACGGAGAGAUUAUAUCGGACAGCGUUAGUCUGCCCAUUGAGGGCAUCAAUAAAGUACAGCUCACUCUCAAAGUUAACCUAAAUCAGGACCGAAGCGGUGAUAAUAUUGAAUUCAUACCAUAUCUAUCCAAAGCAUCGAUCAUUGGACACAAUGCCGUUGACGCCGAUUUGGAGGACAUUCAAGGAUUUAAUGACAUAACAAAAGCAACGGUUGAUAUUGCUAUCAGAAAAUUUGAGACCAGAUUUACCAAAAAAGUUAUUCAUAAGACCAGAGAAGGAAUCAAUAAGAAGGCCCUAUACUUCUUGACACACAAUAUUGCCAGAGAUUCGGGAUCUACUUUUGGUUUCAACAAUUUGGUUGUAUUUACAAAUCUCAAGAUAUCAUUAAUUAACCAUCGAUGCAAUCCUCAUAUCUAUUACAAUCAGACACUACAAAAUCAAUUUCAAUCGGCAUUCACCAGUUGGCCACAUCCAGGAGCUAAUGUACCGAACUUUAUGUCUCUGAUGUGUCUAACCGGCAACGAAUGCUACGAAAGUCAUCAGCUGUGCGAUGGACAGCGAGACUGUGCCGACAGAAGUGAUGAACUUCUGUGCGAAAGAAGUGAAGAACGAAAUGUCCAAUUGUCCGACUUUAUUGUCUAUCGAAAGAAUAGGAAUAACUAUUUUUAUGGAUCAAGUGGUAACAACUUUGCUUGGAUCGACACAUUUACCAGUUAUAAUCCGGACAACUAUAUUGGUCUCAGUGUUCCUCAGAGACCAGUUAACUGGCGAUUCAAUGCCAUCGGUGUCGGACAGAGUACCGGGUUUUCAAUUAUGGAUGAGUUUGUUUAUUGGAAUAGUGUCCGACCUUUCUUUAUCACUGUCGAGGCACCAGAAGUUGUUGUCUUAGGGGAACAAUUAGGCGUAAGAGUGGCUGCUUUUAACUACCAGCCCUUUGAAGUCCGAGCUGAAAUAAUAUUAGAAGACUCAGAUGAUUACCGGUUUGUUGAAGUGGGACCCAUGGGUCGGGUAUCGUCCUAUAGUCCUAAAAUAUCCGGCGGUAUUCAUCAACAUCUCAUCUAUAUUAAGCCUCAGUCGUCAUUCUUAGUGCCCGUACCGGUGGUGCCAAUCAAAAGUGGGAAAAUCAAGAUUGUCAUCACUGGCAGAACACAAGUGGCAAAAGAUACUAAAGAAAUAGAUGUUGAGGUAUUGGCUGAUGGCGCUAAAGUAUCACUCCAUACAUCACUACUGCUUGAUCUCAGAGCACAGUCUUAUAUCAUAAAUUUUUUGGAUAUGAAUGUCACUGAAGAUCCCAUUAUUCCAUAUCAGGACAAUUAUCGGCGAUAUGUAUUUGGAUCGCCUAAAGCUUGGGUCACAAUUAUCGGCGAUGUUGUCGGUGUGCCGGCAAAAUUGAAUCCGCCGAUUGAUUUUACCGAUUUAGGCAUCGGAUCGACGGCAAAGUCGGGAGAGUUACGACUCUUUAAUUUUGCUUAUCUUCUCUAUACUCUUAUAUACUUAAGACUUACAAAUCAACUCGAAACUAGUGAUAAACAAGAUCUGUCUAAACAAAUGUUGGAAACACUGAACAAAGAAUACGUCCAUCAAAUGUCAUUCUUCAGGAACGGCUAUUUCUCGAUGUUCGAUCUGACCGGAACUCCCGGUUCGGUUUGGUUGACUGCAUACGCGGCCCGGGUCUACUUUGACGCCCAAUACGAUGAUUGGCAUAAUUUUAUUUACAUUGAUCCGCAAGUUAUACAACAAUCGAUUGAAUUUGUUUUGCGCCAUCAGAUAGUUGAUCCCAGCCAUCACUAUGACGGCUCGUUUUACGAAUACACGCCGUACGGUAAUUGGUCUAAUCCGCGUCUAUCGCCGGUCGCACUUACGUCGCACGUAUUGAUAACGUUAGUCAAAGUUACCGAUGUUUACGGUGAUGUCGGACUAAAGAUUUCCAACGCCAAACAGUCUUCGGUGGCAUUCCUCGAGAGAGUGUUGUAUACAAUUAAUAAUACUUACGAAGUAUCGAUAGCCACAUAUGCGUUGAUGAUUGCCGGAAGUCCUGACGCUAAGAUCGGAUUCAAUAGAUUGGAGUUUAUGAAGAGGUCUACAGAAGGAAUGGUUUAUUGGUCUGAAUAUACUAUUAAACCGCAAGAUAUCAUAUACCAAAGUCAAAGGCCAUAUAUUCAGCCGCGAACUCCGCAAACCUAUGAAUCGCUUGCAGUGGAGGGAACCGCUUACGCGCUGAUGAUUUAUACAAGUUUUGGUGGACUAAUUCAGGAUCAGAUUGUCAAAUGGUUGGCUUAUAUGCGUCAAUACGAUUCGGGUCUUGUGUCGACAUUUGAUACAAUAGUUGCCGUCCAGGCUCUGACCGACUACUCGUUUCGGACACACGUCAGAUCCAUAAGCAAUAUGAAACUGGAAGUGGAGGCGUCGUCCAAUCCGGGAAACAUUACCACAAUUAAUCUGUCGCUAAAUAAUCUAACGGAUCAACACAUUGUUACCGUCGAGCCAAACGUCUGGGGUUUUGUUACGGUUACGGCCAAAGGUGCCGGUAUGGCCAUUGCACAACUGACCACACAGUAUAACGUGGACCACGACUUUCAAUUACUUCAGCCGCCGUUUCCGGCAUUUGAUAUCAAUGUCGAACUGAAGUAUUCGGGCAGAAAUAAGUCCAGAAUAGCUAUCAAAUCGUGCGCCAAAUGGCUGUUGACUCAGAAACGAAAUAUUAGCGGAAUAGCGGUCAUGGAGUUAACGAUUCCGACCGGCUAUUGGCAACACAAGGCUGUCAUCGACAGCUAUGUAGAGAAACGUUCCGUCCGUCAGCUAAGCGAAGCCAAAGUAUUGGGCCGAUCGGCGACUUUUAUGUUUGACUAUUUGGAUCACAACUGGAAUUGUGUUGACUUUACUAUAGAGCGCUGGCAUCCCGUGGCUAACCUAACUCGUUGGCUAAAAGCUCGGGUUUAUGAUCUAUACGAACCAGAGUAUUUUAAAGAAGAAAUUGUCGAUGACUUUGGUCUCUAUGCUCUACAUAUAUGUGAAGUCUGUGGUAGCUAUCAGUGCCCUUACUGUCCAUUCUUUAGCAGUUCAUUGCGUCUAAUCAUUAAUCAUUCAUUAAUACUUAUAACAACAAUCAUUAUUAUAAUU